GUUCACGACAUAAGCGGAUGACUGGUACGCUUCUAUAAGGAUAACCUUUUCGAUUCUCAGCCUCUUGAUCACACCUCUCUCUCUCUCGAACACUCCUCGUGAAAUUAGGGUUUCUUCGCGAUGGAUUCCACUACUACUCUCGUCGUCAAGGUUAGCUAUGGAGGUGUGCUUAGGCGUUUCAGGGUGCCUGUCAAAGCUAACGGACAGCUUGAUCUUGACAUGGCUGAUCUUAAGAGAAAGAUCUCUUCUCUGUUUAACUUCCCUGCGGCUGCUGAUUUCUCUUUGACUUACUCUGAUGAAGAUGGGGACGUGGUGGCUUUGGUUGAUGACAAUGACUUGUUUGAUGUCACGAAGCAGCGACUUAAGUUCUUGAAGAUUAAUGUGCAGUCCAACACUGACUCUGUUGCUGCAGUGAGUAGUGGGAGUUUAACAGCUUCUGGCAUUCAUAAUAGCCUAAAACUGGUUUCAGAACUCCAGAAGUGUAUAAAUGAUGUUCUGAUGGCUUUACCUAACCCCAUACGUGAAACCGUAUCUAAAGCGGCAUCUUCGAGCCCUGUUGUUGGUGAGGUGUUUGAUUGCAUCUCCAAGGUAGGGAAACUCUCUGUUCCUCAGGAAGGUAGUCGUUGCGCACCUGUUGUUACUAAGCCUGGUUCUUCAGGUACUUCUCUGAGGAAGGAUGUUCCUUCAUUUGGUGAAAAGAAGGAUGUCUCUAAGAAGAGCCAGACCGGAAAGAAGCCUGCUAAUCUGAAUGAACCCACUGGCGUUGUUGAUUCAACCUCCGGUGGACUGGGUGCUAGUUUCAACGAAUGUCCCUUUAGUGGCAGUACCGUGAAAAACUCCAGUCCAAAUCCAGUGAUUUUUAAAAAGCAUUCCCGGCGUUCAUGUCAUUCCAAAAAGAGCAGCAAUGGUGAUUACUGGACCUCACUGGGUAUCUUCCAUAAGGGCAUCCGAUGUGAUGGAUGUGGAGUUCUUCCAAUAACUGGGACUAGGUUUACGUCGAAAGUCAAAGAAGACUAUGAUCUUUGCAGCAUCUGCUUUUCGGUGAUGGGUAAUGAAGGGGAUUACACAAGAAUGGAUAAGCCUGCCGUAGUUCAACAUUCACAUCCCUUUAGAGGACAACUUACCCCAUUUUCGAACCCGUGGGUGGGCCAUGUGCCGCAACCAGAAUUUGGAGGUUUACAUUUCAGGUGCACUCGGCCUAAGCCUGAUAGUCGCUUUGUGGUUGAUGUGAAUGUACUUGAUGGAACAGUUUUUGCUCCAUCUGCUCAAUUCACCAAGAUUUGGAAAAUGAGGAACAAUGGCUCGCUGGUGUGGCCGCAUGGCACAAGGAUAGUCUGGAUCGGUGGGGACAGACUCAGCAACUCAUUGUCAGUUGAUUUGCAGAUUCCAGUGGAGGGUGCGCCAAUCGACAGUGAGCUAGACGUGAAAGUUGAUUUUGUUGCACCAGAGUUACCUGGUCGUUACAUUUCUUACUGGAGAAUGGCUUCCUCUAGUGGUGCUAAGUUUGGACAACGUGUUUGGGUGUUGAUACAUGUUGAUGCAUCCUUGAAGGGUUCUCUUGUGAAUGAGUUUCAUGGACUGAACUUGAAUGCCUCCCCUGAUGAAAACUCUUCGAGCGAAUUUACAGGGAUCAAUGUGAAUCAUGAGCCAGCUCAAGCUGGAAGCUCCAGUGUUAACCCUGGGGCAGUGGAAGGUGCUGAUCGAGAAGGAGAAGCAGCGGGAUCACAAAUCCCAGAAAAAGAUGACCUACCGGUUGGUGAAGUUAAGCCCGCUACUCUUACUCCAUCUUCAUCUUCCUCAUCAUUCAACAUGGUCGAGUUCCCAAACAUGCCUGCUGUUGAGGCCUUGGGUGGUGGUUCGUCAUCUACAAAGGAAAUCCCUCUUGAUCUUCAAGAGGAUGUUGAGAAGAAGGACGUGGAGAAAAGCAUGCUCAAGGAGCUAGAGGAAAUGGGUUUCAAAGAGACUGAUUUGAACAAGGAGAUCUUAAGGGAUAACGAGUACAACUUGGAACAGUCUGUUGACGCUCUUUGUGGAGUUAGCGAGUGGGAUCCUAUCCUGGAGGAGCUUCAGGAAAUGGGCUUCUGUGAUGAUGUGACGAACAAGAAGCUGCUGAAGAAGAACAAUGGAAGCAUUAAAGGCGUAGUGAUGGACCUCCUCACUGGAGAGAAGGAGGCUUGA